AUGUCGAAACCUGAAAGACAAUAUCGAUGGAAAGGAAAAAUUGUCAGCAAGAAAAUUUUUUUACAACGAAGUAAACAAUCGGAACUCGCGCGGCAACUACCACAGAAACGUGAAAAUUCUGAAGAGCCAGUGGAUGACAAAAAAGAUGAAAAAAAUCCAGUAUUAUUGGAUGGAUAUCGCAUUGUAGAUUUAAAAUACUUGGCUCAACAAUUAUGGUGCACUACAUGCAAAGAAACUUUAUCUUUAGAGUAUGCAGAAUCAGAACGACGUAUAGGGCUUGCAUUUGUUUUGUUGGUUAGAUGCCACAAAUGCUUGUUGAUCAAUGAAGUUUAUACUGGAAAACAAAAACCUUCCUUGGAUAAACGUUCUUUUCGCUUUGACAUUAACUGCAAAUCUGUGAUUGGUACAUUACACUGUGGAUCGGGUUGGACACAUUUAAAAAAAUUAUUAGCGUGCAUGGAUAUACCCAGUUUUGGGUUUAAAACCUUUAAACAAUACGAAAAAGAAGUUGGGUUAGCGGCUGAGGACGUCGCAAAAGAAAGUUUUAGAGAGGCCGCGAAAUUAGAAAGAGAACAAACUAUUCAGCAAUCAGAAGCUUUAGAAAGCCAACUCCCGAAAGAAUUUCAAUCCAAUUUUAUUAUUCAUCGGCGCCUUUCGAAUGGAGAUUUACCACCUUCUAAACCAUUGACAUCUGCAAAUGUACAAGAUUCAUCAACAUCUGAAGAAUUAAAUACAGUUGAAAUUGAAUCUGGUGCAUCGUGGGAUGAUGUGGUAAGAGUAAUGGUGUCUUACGAUAUGGGGUGGAGUACGCGAGCAACUGGUCGACAAUACGAUAGUAAAAAUGGAUUUGGAGCCAUUAUUGGAGGGUUAACUGGCUUAGUAUUGGAUUUUUCCACGUGUAAUAGGAUCUGCGCUACAUGUAAUCGAGGUGGCCCAACAUCAAAUCAUGAAAAUUGUCGGUUAAAUUUUUAUGGUUCAGCAAAAGCUAUGGAACCUCAUGUAGCUAAGAAACUUGUAGUUGACAGUGAGAUACUUAGAGCUGAAAAUAUUGAAGUUGGAGUAUUGGUAGGCGACGAUGACUGCUCGACAAUUGCUGCCUGCAGAGCUGCAGCUAAUCAUCCGAUAAUCAAGCAGUCUGAUGUGAACCAUACCAUCCAAAAAAGUCAUAAAGAAUUAACUAAAGACCGUAUUGUUUACCUUCAUCGAUGUUUUACCUAUGCUUUAUCACAAAAUAAAGGCAAUUGUUCAGGUUUAGCUGCUGCGAUUCGAUGCAUACCUUAUCACGCUUUCAAUGAUCACACUCAAUGUGGCACAUGGUGUGGCUAUAAUGGAGAUAAAGAGAAUUAUGUGCAUAAAGUAAUUCCGGGGGGUUUUCAAGAUCCAAUUUUAUUCCAAGAAUUGAAAAAAAUAUUUGACAAGCUAGCCGACAAUGCGCAAAAAUUUUCUAAUGGUGCAUCUAGUAAUGCAAAUGAGAGUCUUAACGCGAUGAUGGCUAGCAAGGCUCCUAAAUCUAGAUGUUAUAGCAGAACUGCAUCGGCUGAUUAUCGUUUUGCUUGUGCUAUAGGACAGAAGAAUGUUGGAGAAGGAUAUGUUAAAAAGAUUGCACAAAAAAUAAACUUGACUUCAAGUAAUCAUCUUACACGGCAUAUUUCUUCAAGAGAAAGAAUUUUGUCACAAAGACGCGCCCUAAUAAAAACACAUGCCUACAAAAAACGUCGUAUGCAGUUGAAAAAAUUUCGUUCUAUGUUACGUCAUCGUAAAGAAAAUCAAGAAGGUGUUACAUAUCAAAGUAAUUGUUCCCUUUUCACUGAACCUGCAGUACUUGAGGAAGAAAUUGAUGAUAAUGAUAAUUAUUUAAAUUCGGAAGAAGAUACUUGUGAAUAUCUUAUUAUUCUUCUUGAUCUAGAAACCUCAGGUUUUGAAGCUGAUUGUGAUAUUCUUCAAAUAGCUGCGCAAUGUGGCAAAAAAAUUUUUGCAACUUACAUAGAUCCAGUUCGACAAAUUUCUCAAAAAGCUAGCGAAGCACAUGGUUUGACAAAUUGCUCUGGAAAGCUUUUUUACUAUGGAAAACAAGUGGAAUCUGUUUCUCUACGUUUGGCGUUAUCUAACCUAUACGAAUGGCUGAAGUCUUUAGGAAAAAAAUGCUGCAUCGCUACACACAACCUAGCAUUUGAUGGACCUCGGUUAUUUAGAGCUAUUGAUAAAAAUAAAUUAACUAGCGACUAUUCUGAAGUUGUCUAUGAAUUUGUAGAUACUCUGAAAAAAAUACGUGAAGUUACGGGAAAAAAACCAAAGAAAUUGGAAAUUAAAAGCUCUGAUUUGAUUAAUUUAGCGACUCCAUUUUUAGAACAAACAAAAGCUUGGGAGCUAGCUGUAGCCACAAAGAAAAAUAUUGAUACCUUAUCAUCCUUGGAAGGUGCUUUGAGUUUGUCAAUUCGACAAAAAUUGGCAAAAGCUGGAAUCACAAUGGAUAUCUUAAAAAGCAAGAUUGAUCCUUUUAAUGCUAAAAGUCUCGAAUUGUUUCUUGUUAAAAAAAUUGAAACCAAAGAGUUGCAACCAUUGCAAAAAGCAACUAUAAAAAAAAUUGUUGACUGUUUUAAAUAA